AUGGUAAGAGAAAUUCCAGUUUAUGAACCAUUUUCGAUGGAUGGUGAAACUUAUGAAACUGUUUUAUCUCCAUUAGAAAAUUCAAAACAAAUUCAAUUGGUAUUUCCAUUUCAAACAACAUUUUGGACACGUUUUAAAAUAAUUGGUACAAAUGGACCAUUGGAAGAUAUAGAAGCUGGUCCUGGUGCAAGAGUACCAAUUGGAGUUUCCAGAAUUUUUAAUGUUAACGAAUUUGGUCCAUCAAUUUUUGUUGAGGUAUUUAAAAGAAAUCCAAGAACUUAUAUAGAUACACUAAAAGUAAAAACGAGAUCAGUGCAGGGUUACAGCAUCCAUUUUUUAACCCAAAAUUAA